CCAUCUGCUCUAAUUAGCUUAUCUCUCCUGCUUUCAUAGCAUGCUGAAGAGAGAAGAGUGAGGGGUACUUUGAAAGGACACCGUUUUUAUUUACGCUCAUUUAUAAUGGUUUUGGAAUGUUUGCCAAUUCUCAAACAUAAAUUUUUAAGUGUUAGAUCUUUCCUGUAACAAUUUGUUACUGGAAGCUUCAAGGCUUUGGGUGCUCAGUUAAGAAUUUUGGUCUUUCCUCAUCUCUUUGGUUUUGGCCAAAUGAUUAUGUUUCCUCAUUCUGGGAAGAUUUCUUUGGGUAUUUUGAUAUUUGUCCUGAUAGAAGAAAACCUUUCAUCAUUAACAGCACAGUCCUACUUAUCUUUAGAAGAAACCCAAGAACCCACCAGUGCAAUUUCUCUUCUCCCUCCUGACUCAGAAUCCGCAGACUCUUCCCUGUCCAGUGGAAACAAACGACCCCGGGACCACAGAGAAGCUGAGAGACACUGGUUGCUUAGAAGAAGGCGAUCCACUCUGUUCCCUAAUGGAGUAAAAAUCUGCCCUGAUGAAAGUGUUACAGAGGCUGUGGCAAACCAUGUGAAAUAUUUUCAAGUCCGAGUGUGUCAAGAAGCUGUCUGGGAAGCCUUUAGGACUUUUUGGGAUCGACUUCCUGGGAGUGAGGAAUAUCGUUACUGGAUGAAUUUAUGUGAGGAUGAAAUCACAACUAUAUUUGAAAUGGGCACAAAUUUUAGUCAGUCUGUGGAACAUAGAAGCUUAAUUAUGAAGAAACUGGCAUACACAAAGGAAACUGUUAGCCGUUCCUGCGAUGACCAGGCCUGUGGCCCUGAGUUGUCAUCUCUAGUUCCUGUUGGCGAUACCUCAACAUUGGAAGGUGCUGCCCUCAGAGUUCCAUAUCCAGGGGUGACCUCCUCUGCAGGUACCUUGGAGAGCAGCUUGGGGAGACCAGAGGAGAGUAUUAACAAUGAAAUUGAGACUGUGAUAGAAGAAUCCACAAAACCAGCAGCUGAGCAGAUUGCAGAAUUCAGUAUCCACCUUUUGGGGGAGCAAUACAGGGAAGAACUACGGGAUCCCUCCAGCUUCCACCACCAGAGCCUUGUAGAAGAGUUUAUCGCAGAGAUUGAAAAUGCAUUUACUGGGUUGCCGGGCUAUAAGGACAUCCGUGUACUUGACUUCAGGUCCCCCGAGGAAAAUGGCAGUGGCACAGAUGUUCACUAUGCAGUUACUUUCAACGGAGAGGCCAUCAGCAAUACCACCUGGGACCUAAUCAGCCUUCACUCCAACAAGGUGGAAAACCAUGGUCUUGUGGAAUUGGAUGAUAAGCCCACUGCUGUUUAUACAAUUAGUAACUUCAGAGAUUAUAUUGCUGAGACACUGCAUCACAAUUUUUUGCUGGGCAACUCCUCUUUGAAUCCAGAUCCUGGCUCCCUUCAGCUCAUCAACGUGAGAGGAGUUUUUCUUCCCCCCACUGAAGACCCGGUUUGGAACCCCCAAAGUGCAAGUCUUCCGGCAACCCCACCAUCUGUUCUGGAUAAUACCCUUCAAGCUGCAUGGCCCUCAGCUGAUGACUCCACCACCAGCAGUAUUUCACUACUUGAUUUCAGCUCUGGUUCUCCCUCAGCCACUGGCAGGGAACUCUGGUUGGCAAGACCUUUGGGUGAUUUAGUGUCUACACCCAAACUAGACUUUCCCUCGAAGGUGGGCCUCCAUUCUUCCCCAGAGGUUUUAGAGGUUAGCAGCUUGACUCUUCAUUCUGUCACCCCAGCAGUGCUGCUGACUGGCUUGCCUGUGGCUUCUGAGGAAAGGACUUCUGGAUCUUACUUAUUAGAAGAGGGAUUAACCAAAGUCGAAGGGUCAGAAGAUUCUUUUUCAGGUGAUCCCUUGCCCUCAACUCAUCCCUUAACUCAUCCUGUACCAGAAGAAACAAUACCAUCUAAGGAAGAUUCUGUGGUGUCUUUGACAUCCUCACAAUUUCUGGUCUCCUCUGUCACAUUAGAUCCCCUUGCUCAGGAAGUAUCUACACCUUCUGGCUUGGACCCUUCAGCCUCCAAAGUUAAAGACCAAUUAGAAGUGAGCACUUUGAUGCCAGACACAUCCAUGGAAAAAGAGUUCACAUUUGAGAGUGGCUUAGAUUCAGGGUCUGGGGAAAAGGUGAGUGGGAUUACUUGGCCAUGGAGCGAUACUUCAUUAGAGAAGAGUAUUGAACCACUGACCAAAUCAUGGCUGGAAGAUGAGGAUUCACUUUUGCCAAUUGAGAGUGUAGAUGAGAAACUAGUUGUAGGUGACAAAAUAGUUUCCACAGACCGAAGUAUUGAGCACUCAAAAUAUGGGCAUUUUGAUAGAUCCACACACUUUUCAGAGGAAGAGCCCCUUGAGGGACCUACUGUGCCCUUCUCUGCAGAGACCACAACUCAAUCUGCACCUCUAAUUCUCUCAGAGGUACCUGACAUUGAUUAUUACUCAGUUACCCAUGCACCUCCUCUACUGACAUCUACAGCAAUCUCCGAUUCUACUGAUAAACCAGAUCAAGUAGAACCAUUUCUAAAGGAGGAUAUGGAACAAACUACAGAGCCAUCCAAUCGUAAACAGUUUGAUAGCAAGAUUUCAACACUGAAGCCAGAUAUGCAAUCUUUGUGGACCAUAUUGCCAGAAUCAGAUGUAGUCUGGGAAAAAACUUCUUCCCUAGGAAAAUUGUCUGGAGACACAUUGGCAAGUGCACCGGAGAGUAUUGACAAGCUCUGGUUGAAAGCUUCCAUGACACAGUCUACCGAAUUGCCUCCAACCACAAGCCCCACCCUGCUGGAGGAUGAAGUAAUUAUGGGUGUACAGGAUAUUUCAUUAGAACUGGACCGGAUAGGCACAGAUUACUAUCAGCCUGAGCUAAUCCCAGAAGAAAAUGGCAGGGUUGGUAGUUAUGUGGAAAUCUCUACAAAUGUUCACUCUACAGAGAUGGCUAUUGUGGCUCACCCCACAAAAAGAGGUGACUCAAAUCAUACCCAGACCACAGGAGCAUUGCUGGUUUUCUUCAGCCUUCGAGUGACUAACAUGAUGUUUUCAGAAGAUCUGUUUAAUAAAAACUCUUUGGAGUAUAAAGCCCUGGAGCAAAGAUUCUUAGAAUUGCUGGUUCCCUAUCUCCAGUCAAAUCUCACAGGGUUCCAGAAUUUAGAAAUCUUGAACUUCAGAAAUGGCAGUAUUGUGGUGAACAGCAGAAUGAAGUUCUCCAAGUCUGUCCCACCUAAUGUCAACAAUGCUGUAUACAUGAUUCUGGAAGACUUUUGCACCACUGCCUACCAAACCAUGAACUUGGCUAUUGAUAAAUACUCCCUUGACGUGGAAUCAGGUGAUGAAGCCAACCCUUGCAAGUUUCAGGCAUGCAAUGAAUUUUCCGAGUGUUUGGUCAAUCCCUGGAGUGGAGAAGCAGAGUGCAGAUGCUACCCUGGGUACCUGAGUGUGGAAGAACUGCCUUGUCAGAGUCUCUGUGACCUUCAGCCUGACUUCUGCUUCAAUGAUGGGAAGUGUGACAUUAUGCCCGGACAUGGGGCCAUUUGUAGGUGCCGGGUGGGUGAGAACUGGUGGUACCGAGGGGAGCACUGUGAGGAGUUUGUGUCUGAGCCCUUGGUGAUAGGCAUCACCAUCGCCGCCGUGGUUGGACUUCUCCUCGUCUCUUCUGCUGUUGUCAUCUUCCUCAUCAAGACUCUUCAAGCUCAGAAUGCUCAGAGAGAAAGAGAGAGGCCCUUUAGCAGACAGCCUGCCAGCCUUUCGUCCAUUGAAGAUGCCGUAAAGUAUAACCCCAUGUAUGAAAGGCAUGGGGCAGGAAUGGAACAGUACAGGGGACCCUAUCCUCAGGGUCCCUUCCACAGCGCAGCACGAGGAGAGGUGAUUGGUGGUCUGAGCAGGGAAGAAAUCAGACAAAUAUAUGAGAACAGUGGGCUUUCCAGAGAGGAAAUUCAAGAAAGAAUGAGAAUUUUGGAACUGUAUGCCAAUGAUCCUGAGUUUGCAGCUUUUGUGAGAGAACAUCAAAUGGAAGAGCUUUAAUCAAAACUCCGAUCUUGGAACUGAUUAGAAGCCUGGAGAAGAGAGAGAUCGCUUGUUACUUGUAUCAUAAAAUUAACCUGCAUUUCGAACUCUGUUGGAAGAAGAGUAUUUUAUUAAAAAACAUUCAAUUUGGGCACAAAAUUUUUUCCAGUUUAAAAUUUUAGAAUAGAGUAAGAGAUGUGACAAUUUUUAUACGUAAGCUGCAUUUAGAGAAAGUCCAAACUGUGUGGGUCUGGAGAGCAUCUGGAAGAGAGCAGCGGGGCCGGGGGGUGCGUUGGCAGAGCAGUGCUGCCUAUCACUGUGGCUCAGGAGACUGGGAGGACGGGAGGGUGAGACUAUUCCAGGAGGAGGCAGGCUGUGUAACAAAUAUUGGGUAGCACGCUUGUUAUUGUCAGAUGGAAGGAGAAGCCUUGGAAGUAGUUUCAAUAUAGUUUAUAGUCAGACAUUUGUCUAAAUAAAAUAUAAAGUGUUGAGAGGGGGAAUCGAACUGCUGAAGAAAAGCAACCUUUUUGCUGCAGUAUAGAGUGAGGCUUGUACUUUAUUCUGCCAGAGUUUUGAAUUUCCUGAGCAUAUUAAUCAAGAUCACAUUAUUGUUGUGUUAAGUAUCUCAGUAUCCUUUUUUUUCCAGCUGCCAAAUACAAUAAAUAUGUGUAAAGUUUAGAGGGUUCCUUUAGACUAAAGAUGAAUUGUGGACAGGGAGGGAAUGAGGGUUGGGUCAAGGCCACAGCGCUGAGAAUAUAUGCUUUGCUGAUUGAUGGGUGGACAUGGGUUCUCUGACCUACUUAGGAUAUCUUAAGAUGUCCCAGCCAAAUCCUGGAUCUUCUCCAGUUUCUGGUAUUUUAUUCCAGUUUGGUCCUGGGAGUGUGUCUGUGAGCUUCCACUCACUCCACUGCCAUCUUUAAUCUCCCAUCAGUUUCUGGUAUUUUAAUUUGGGAGACAGCACUUAACUAUUUCACAGGACAGGUUAGCUCAUUUGGAUUACUUAUUUUUGUGUGUAACAACUCAUGUCUAAAUGAAUUCCUGCCUCCACAAAACAUGACAGGACUUGUUGCAAUUAAAUAUCUUUUUUUUUACUUUAUAGGUAGGAAAAGUCCACAUAUUAUAUAAAUUUUACCUGAAUUAGUAAUUGCCCACUUUCUCUCUAGCAUGUUUUUGAACAGCUCCCUUUGGACAAAGAGAGGAGAGGGCCAAAUAAUCAUCACUAUUAAUAUUAAAUUGCAUCGGCACAUGAGUUAUUAUUGAUACAGGUAUUUUAUGUUACAAUGUCUCCAUGUUUGCCAAAAACAGUCUGGAACAUUUUGAUUUCUUUUUGACCAGGGAUAGAGUGACCAUAAGAUAAAAUACUUGAUUCACUUAUUAUUUUUUUCUUAACUUGAUGACUGCCAAUUUCACUCAUUAUGAGGACUCUCAAAACUAAACAAAAUAUCUGGGCUGAGUACAUGCCACAGUAAAGCUGCUGAAAGCCUUGAAGAUAUGCAGGUAUUUUGCAAAGUACACAUGAUAACAGGGUGUGUGUGUGUGUGUGUGUGUGUGUGUGUGUGUGUGUUUGUGUGUGUUUGUGUGUGAAAGCAGUUCCCUUAUCUCAGUAUUUCUUUUCAUUCCCUAUCUACAUAAUGAGUUCUCUAUGACUGCAGCAUAGGUACAGGCCAUUGCUGGGACAUUUUUUGCUGGGUCCAUUUGAAAGGUAAUUGAUAAAUGUUAAUGACAUUUGUCACUACUAAACGCUUAAUUUUAUUUGUAAAACUUAUGAAGGUUUCUGUUUAGCUUUAAAAAGUUUCCCCUAAACUUAUCUGUGGAAUGUCAGCUUGCCAUCAGAGUGCGAGGUGGACGUGAAGGGAGAUUAGAGCCGGACACCACGGGCAGCACGUAGGAGAGGCAGAGCCCGAGCUGAGGAGGGCCGCUGUCUCCCGCAGGCCAGGCAGGAAGUGGGCACUGGAGAAUCUGACAGGUCUCUGCCUCUGAUUUUCUGUUGUGUGACCUUUUCAUGUGCGAGCAAAUUACUUAGCUCUCCAUGAAUAUCUGUCCCACCCCUAUGACAUGGAAGAAUAAAGGAAGCCCUAACCUCCCAGGGAGAGACUGGAGGUGCGCACAGUCCAGGAAUGAAGCCUGGUGCCCCGCCUUCGCUGUAGCUGAACCGCAGGCGGGCUGAUCGGAGAAGCAGCUUUCACGCCGGAGAGCCACUGAGGUUCAAAGUGAAGGGUAAAGCGGCUCUCAGUCUGACAGGUCAGAUGACCCAGAAAGAGUUUUUACCUUAAGUACAGUGGGUACACAAUGUUACAUUAGUCAUACUAGUUUUAGGUCUACAAUAUAGCGAUUUGACAUUUUUAAUUCCAGUAAUCAUCUGUCUCCGUGUAGACUUAUCACAAUGUUACCUACUGCAUUCCCUUCAGCAGGCAUUAUGCUCAGGGAAAUAAGUCAGACAGAGAAAGACAAAUAUCAGAUGGUUUCACUUAUAUGUAGAGUCUAAAAAAAUCCCAC